UGAUUUUUUAAUAUACUUUUUAAAAAGAGAUAAAAACAGAGUUUUGGAUGUAGCAUGUUAAUUAUUGUAAUAGCUUUAGUGUAUAAUGGUUGAUGGACUUGGUUUUAGUAUAUGAUGAAUGAUGGACUUGGUUUUGAUGUAUAUUACCGUGAUCCUUUAAACUGGGCUCACUUUCUUCAACGUAAAGCCGAAGCGUGUCUAAACAGUGAAAAGUACGAUGAAGCUAUUUCACUGCAUAAAGAAGCAGCUGAGUCUUUAAGACUUUUGUUAAAAAAUCUACAAAAAGACUUUCAUAACGUUAAUAUAGCAGCAUCAAUUCAACUUCAAGUUAAUGAACAUCAUAAACAGGAGGCACUUAUCGAAUUAAGAAAAAAGCAAAAUUAUGAAUCAAAACUAAGACGAAAAAAUUGUCUAAAACAUUACGAGCCGUUUCAAGACAUAACAUAUUCAAACUCUUCGAUCGAAAGCUACGGCAGCUCAGAUUAUGCAUCCAGUACUCACGAUAUAAAUUCUGAAACCCGAAGGAAAGAAGAUAAAAGAGACGAUAUCAUCAUCAAAAGAGACGAUAUCAUUAACAAAAUGGUUGUUGUUAUAAAACAGCAACAGUUUGAAAUAUUAUCUCUAUCCAAAAUUUUGCAAGAGAAGGACAAAGAAAGUCAAAAAUUAAAAGAUAAAAUUUCGUCUUUAGAGAACCAUAUACUUUUAAUGGACAGUAAAAUAGUGAAGAACUCAUAAAAUUAAAUUUUUUUUUUAAGAAAUAAAUUAUUUUUAAAAAAUAA